GAGGAACAUGAUGACUAGGCAUGCUGUCUAGAUCGACACUUUUGCCUUGUUGCACGCAAUCUUCACAAGUCUGAAAUUCUCAACUUGGCGUGCAAAGCGAUGGCGGAGGCACCGCCGAGGCGGCUGGCACGCACCCCCUCCUCCUCGGGCGUCUGGUGGAAGCUUGGCGACCCCGCAGAGUCGUCGUCGGAGGUGGAGCGGCGGCUGCGCGGCAUCGCCGAGAAGGAGGCCGCCGUCAGGGCACGCAUGGAGAGGCGCGCCGCGGGCGCCCCUGCUGUCCGCCGCAAGAUCGCCGUCACGUCGCUAAGCCUUGAGGUGGUGGCGUUGGUGUAUGGCCUAUGGACGGCGACAAGGCGGGGCAUGGGCUGGCGCAACAGGGGGCUCAAACUGCUGCUCCUGCUGCUGCUGCCUGCACUCGCCAUACCCGCCUUGGUCCUGCCGGCAUUUGCCCGGUUCCGGAACAUGCUGGACGCCAGGGACCAGCAGAAGCUGGAACGGCUUCGAGCAGAAAGGAAGGCAAAGAUCGGCCACUUCAGGGGAAGCCUCCACAAUCUGCAGAAGCUCAUAGAGAAGUACGAUCCUGAUGCUGCUGCUGCUGAUAGUGAUAAUGAGGCAGCUGCUAGCAAAAAGCUCAAGAGGACACACUCGCGAUUGAACUUCCAUGUGGGAGAUGAUUGAACCUCAUGGCUGCACACAUGCUAUUGCAUUCUGUCAAGAACGACUCCUUAUUUCCUUUUUCCAUUUUCUGUGUGUAUUAUUGGUAUAUCUUUUUACAGUGAUGCAAGUUAAUUUGUAAACUGUGAAGAUUUAGUGCCUUGUUGUGCUCUACUGUCGGUCGGUCUUGUUUCCCGGCUCGUUCAACAAUAUAUAUCUGUUCAAGUGUUUCC